AUGACACGUUAUGGUUUCAGUCAGCGUCAUCGUGCUCGCAUAGAAGCUCGCACUCUGCCUCAUCCACACAGCCCAAACGAAGUGCCGUCACCAUGGUGGGCUCCUCUCCUGCAGCUGAGACGUCUGAAAUUUAGCUGGUUUCACCGUUUCCGUUGGGGAUAUUCUAAUUCGAUUUCCAGCAACGAACAGAACAUGCCGAACGAGUCUGCUGGCGCCGAUGAGUCAGGAGGGCAAGGCAGAGCUACUGAAGACGAUCAAAACUUGGAGUCGAUGAUUAACAACGCUCACAACGAUCGUCAAGCGUCCGAUCUCAUUAAUAAUAUAUCUUCUCGCACUGCAUCGCCAGUAACCACUACAAAUGCGGAUGUUAUCUUAGCUGGAGGCAAUGCAGCAAAGUCAAAGGAUAAUCCAGAUGUUCGGCAAAGCUCGAACACAGUUAGAAAUUCAGCAAAGCUUGCAAGUACUGCGAUUCGUGGUGGAGGAAUUGUUACAGGCCAAGUCAGUGGAGCGGAUAGAAAUCGCUUUACCUCAAUUCCUCUUCUAUUAAAAGCCGCAUUAGAAAAGGUAGUUAGAGAUGAAGAGUACACAUCCGGUCGGCCCACCAAAAAUUGGAUAACUCGUUUCAAAGAAUCCCAGAAGCCAAUCAACCCUCAUCGAAGACGAAAAUACAAGACAAAAUCUCCUAAACAUAGCGCUAGAACGCGGGUCUUGAGAAGGUUAGAAUAUAAAAAUCUUGGGAUAGAACUAUCGUAUGCGGACGUGAAGAGAGCAGAUUGGAAGCCACAAGAUCAUAUGGCAGUGGAUUCGAGAAUCAGUAGUACAAGGAAGCCUAAGCCGGGUUGCUCUAACCUACGUUAUUGUUUGACGUAUCUUAAGCAGGUUCAAUAUACUGUGUCUGAAUACAGAAGCUCCUGGGUACGUGAUCAUAGACAGUGGUUUUCUCGUUGGAGUACAGUACGCUCUGCAGCCUUAUGUCUGGGAGUUUGA